AAAAGUUGCCUUCGAUCGAUUCUCACAAACCCGUAUCGCCCUUACGAUCAAACAGGUGAACAAAUCCGAAGAGUACGGUCAUCACAGGUAGUGCGAUCUGGCUUGGUCGCCACGACCCUUUCCGGUGACGUAUGUAGAUAAAGGAGUGCAUGGUGACCAAAAAAAAAGUUUAGUGACGAACAAAUCGCGCUGAAAAUAGCCCAUUUUUCCGUGUCGUGAAGCGUGGUGGUGCACGAUCAAGCAGCUAUAGCUUUGGAAAGGUGUUUCAGUCAACUUUUCCCUGUGCUGUGUACAUUGGCCUGCAGAGUGGUGAUGUGUGAAUAGUUCGUUAGCGAGCGAUAGAUAAAAGCAAAAUAAAAAGUUAUGAUUCACAGCAGUGGCUACGAUAUUUGUGCCUGUGGCAGAGUCGAAUCUCUUGUGCGCACCGUGCUGUAGAGAGGAUUUACAUCGAUCGGAGUGGCGCGGCGAGUUUGCUGCGCAGCGCCUUGCGGUCAAACUAAAUGUGCUACGUAUGCAGUUUCUCGCGCGUUUGUGUGCUGCCCGGUACGCUCGGUGAAACGAAGCCAGAAAGGCGUACGGGCGUACAGUGAAAUCGGGGGUGAGAACGACACCGACACCGAAAACAGAAUACUACCUCUUCGUUCGUCGCCAAGUGUCUUCGUGAAGAAUUUUCGUGUGUGCAAAGUAGCGGUAGCUGAAGCAGCGAGCGAAGAAGUUUCCGAGUUUGACGACCUAGUACCGCACCCCCUUCGGAAGAAAGUUGGCGGAUUCGGCAAUCCGCCCUGACAUGCCGUACAUGGUCCGCCUAACCUAGUGACAUCGAAAUACGCAACAGAAAAGGAAUACAACUACAACCGUCACCAUGGAUUGGUCUACGGGCGAUCUGGUGUGGUUCGAUCCGGGCCUCGGCCAUCCGCUGCCGGGCGAGAUUCAAGAAGUUCAUCGUGCCGCUCAGAUGAUCAUCGUGCAGGCACUUAUCAACGGCAAGCCGCAAACGUUCACCCUCGGGCCGAAUGAGGGAAACAUACGUGCCCGGCAGGAUUUGGGCAAGACGGGCGUGGAGGACAUGACCCAGCUGGAGGACCUGCACGAGGCCUCGUUGCUGUGGAACCUGAAGCUACGCUAUGACAACGGGCUGAUCUACACGAACGCGGGCAGCAUUCUGAUCGCUAUCAAUCCGUACAAAAUGUUUCCCGAGUCGUACGGCAUCGAGAUGGCCAAACUGUACUCGGGACGUCCGCUCGGAACGCUGCCACCGCAUCUGUUCGCGAUCGGGUCGGCGGCACACGCCGCCCUACCAUCGUCCCAGGUCGUCGUCAUAUCGGGCGAAUCGGGCUCGGGCAAGACGGAAUCGACCAAGCUGGUGAUGCAAUAUCUAGCGGCGGUCGUCCCGGGCGGUGGGUCGGCCUCCACCGUCAUCACCGAGCAGAUUCUCGAGGCGGCUCCACUGCUGGAAGCGUUCGGCAAUGCGCGUACCGUGCGCAACGACAACAGUUCCCGCUUUGGCAAGUAUCUGGAGGUAUACUUCAAGUCGGGAGCGAUCAUCGGUGCCAAGAUUACACAGUAUCUGCUGGAAAAGUCGCGCAUAGUCACACAGGCAGCCGGAGAGCGAAACUACCACGUGUUCUACGAGCUGCUCGGUGGUUUGUCGGAGCAGGAGCGCAUGAAGUACGGACUGCUGGAGGCGGACAAGUACUUCUACCUUAACCAGGGCGGGUCGGACUGUGCUCCCGGGCGAAUGGAUUGGGCUUCGCUUCAGAGUGCAAUGCAGGUGCUCGGCGUGACCGACAUCGAGCGGGAAGGUAUCGUGAAGGUGUUGGCCUCUGUACUGCAUCUCGGCAAUGUGUACUUCCACCGGCGCCAGCUACGACACGGGCAGGAGGGCGUCGAGAUUGGUUCGGACGCCGAAAUCAAGUGGGCCGCCCACCUGCUGCAGUUGCCAUCCGAGGGCAUCCUGAAGUCGUUGACCUCACGCAUCACCGAAACGCGCUCCGAGCGUCUGUAUACACCGCUCGGCAUCGACCAGGCGUUGGAUGCACGAGAUGCUCUGGCAAAGGCGCUUUACUCAGGGCUUUUUAAUUGGUUUGUACUGCGAAUCAACUCGAUCGUACAUCGUGGCGGCACACACGAUGCGCAACGCUUAUCUAUUCUGGACAUCUUCGGGUUUGAAGAUUUGGCCGAGAAUUCGUUCGAACAGCUGUGUAUCAACUAUGCCAACGAAAGUCUGCAGCUGUACUUCAACAAGCACGUGUUCAAGCUCGAACAGGCCGAGUACGCACGUGAGCGGCUGGAAUGGACCAACCUGGAGUGGGAGGACAAUCUGCCGGUGAUCCAUCUGCUGGCCAAGAAGCCCGUCGGCAUCUUCCAUCUGCUGGACGACGAGUCCAACUUUCCGCGGGCGAAUGAUUCCAGUUUUCUCGAGAAGUGCCACUACAACCAUGCUCUGAACGAGCUGUACUCGCGUCCGAGAGUCGGUGCCCAGGAGUUUGGCAUCACGCACUAUGCCGGUCAGGUGUGGUAUUGCGUGGACGGCUUCCUGGAGAAGAAUCGCGACGCACUGCGCAUGGACGUGAUAGAGCUGCUGAGCUCCAGCACGGAACCACUGGUCGGUGAGAUGACGAAGCAGCUGCGCGCUCAGCGGGAUGUCGGCAAAACGCUGCCCAAAGGCUCCAAUGGGCGAUUUGUCACCAUGAAGCCACGCACACCAACAGUGGCGGCCAGAUUUUCCGACUCCCUGCAGCAGUUGCUGCAGUCGAUGGCGAAAUGCAAUCCCUGGUUCGUUCGAUGCGUUAAACCGAACAAUGAUAAGCAGGCCCUGCGCAUGGACAUGCCCUGUGUGCUGCAGCAGCUGCGUUAUCUCGGCAUGCUGGACACCAUCAAAAUCCGCCAGUCCGGGUAUCCGGUGCGUCUGCGGUUCCAACAUUUCGUCGAGCGCUACCGACAUCUGAUGAAAACGCCUCUACCGAAAGGGACGCCUUACAGAGAGUUGUGCCGCUUCGUGCUGGACGAGCUGCCGGGCACAAACACGGAAGGUCCCGACUUCCAACUGGGGGCGACCCGCGUUUUCCUGCGCGAGGCGCUUCACCGAACCCUGGAGGCGAGUCGUGCCGAUCGAUUACGGCUAGCCGCGGUAACCAUUCAGCGAAACGUCCGUGGCAUGCUUGCUCGUAAGAAGGUUCAGCGGGAAGUCCGUGGAGCCGUUACCAUACAGCGUUACUGGCGCGGAUAUCGUGAUCGCAAUCGCUAUCUCACUGUAAAGAACGGUGUGACCAAGUAUCAGGCCCUGUUCAAGGGACACAUGCAGCGCAAGCGAUACGCCAAGCUGAAGAACGAACUGAAACGGCGCCGUGAGGCGGAACGGCUGAAGAAGGAGCGUACGGCGCAGCGACUGGCCAAGGAGCAGGUGGAACGCGGAUCGGCCGUCCCGCUGGACAUCCCGGCCGAGUUGGCGUUCAUCUUUUCCAAAUCGGAGAAUUACAGCGGCCAACAGAGCGACCGCAAUCUGGUGAAGGUGGUCGGCACCGUUCCGGGACCACCGUCUGCUGCCGAUCUGCCGCCCGAUCUUGAUCAGUUUGCUUUCGGCAAGUUCAGCUCGGUGUACUGCAACGGUGUUAAGCUGGCCCCGCGUCGAGACAUCAUAACCGCACCCUUCCUGUCGCGUGCUGCGGCCCGCGAUCAAGACUUUAAGGAUGCGAUCGCCAUUUUUAAACUGAUAAUACGUUGGACGACGGAUGCCACGAUGGACGCAAAUCGUGAGAAAAUCUUGGCCGACUACAUCGUACACAAGGGACUGUCAUCGCGCGGUCUGCGUGACGAAAUAUUGGUGCAAAUUUGCAACCAGGUGUAUCGGGCCGAUGAGGCAACAGCGGAGAAGCUGUGGACGUUGAUGUCGCACUGUCUUUCUGCUUUCCAGCCCGGCUCUGCAUUCAGCAAGUAUUUGAUCAAGUUUAUCGUGGACAACGCACCGCCCAACACGAAGGAACAGAUCCUGAAGAAGUUGCUACGGAAUGCCAAUGCUGGCCAGACUAAUCCUUGCCGGCUAUUCCCGCCAUCUUGGCUCGAAUGGCGUGCAUCGUCCCGCCUCGCCGAUACAGCACUUGGGCUAAAUUUGCCCGACAAUAGCGUCCAGACGGUGGCUGUCGAUUCGUGGACCACGUGCGAAGAAGCAGCAGCAUUAGCAAUCUCCUCGUUCGGCAUACCAAACCUUGGCUGGACGGUGGUGAUCGACGAAUCGGACCAGAUGACCGAUUCUUGUGGACUUGAUUUUGUGCUGGACCUGGUGGCGGAGAAGGAAUUGCCGCCCGCGUUCCCGGCCGUACGUAGUGACAUACUGCGCUGUGGUAGAAAACAGCCACCGAACGCAGCACCAAGCAGUGGACCCAACGAUUCGUCCAUCGAGCCUAGCAGCCCUAAACGUCCACAGGUUCCGCCACCCGAGCCUCCGUCUAUGAAGCGCAGCUCGCAUGAGAUACAGUUGGUACCGGUCGCUAUCGGAAGCAGCGGCAAGAAGCACGAACCGGCGGAGUACAGUAACUCACGCCACAUGGAAUCCACCAGUGCCGGUCGCAAGACGUCACAUGAUGUGUCGCUGUCGCGGCAUAAGCUACGCGAGGAGCGUGCCUUUUACGAGGACAAGAGUCGAUCGCGAUCGUUAGACGAUCUACUUGCCGGUGAGCCGGACGAGGCGAUGAUUUCGCCCGAUGCUGACGAGCCGGAGAGCUCAUUGACGCUGACGUUGGCCGAAAACAGAAUUGGCAACAAGUAUCGCUCGGUGGACACAAUAGCACCGCUGAAGGAGCAACAUCCGCGCUUCGUCAAGUCACAGUACGCCGGGAAGCGCACAGCCGGUUCGCACUCGCUGAAGUACGCCGAGAAGUCGGAGUUUAGCGUUCGCUCGUCAGCCAUGUCGGAUACGAGCGAAGCACCUUCGCUGGCAAGUCACGUGCGGCGGGUACGUGUGCCCUCGCAGGCGUCCGAUGUCGACCAGUUCCUGGACGAUCUGUUCAGCCCAGUGCUGGAUGGGUCUCUGGACGAGCUCUCGGAUGCACGCUCACUGGCGGCCAGUAUCAGAGGGGGUACUCAAUUCGUAGCCGAACUACUCGCUACGGUACGUACCGACAGCUCGCUGACCGAUCUGGAACAAAGCGAAGUGCUCUCAAUCGCCACAAAAGGUGGAACUACACACCAAGCGAAGAACACCAGCUCGAACGGUUUCACGCCGAACGCUCCGAAUCCGAUCGCGCCUCUCACACCAUCCAACUCCAGCUCGCUGCUAAUGAUGGGCUCAGUCAGUCCAGACGUUGUGAUGCCAGUAUUUACCAUCCCACCGGGCGUCGACAGUACCGCCUAUCAGCAGCAGAUGCAACGAGCCUUCCUGCAGUCCGCGAUGGCACAGAACAUCCAGAUCCAGCAGCAGCUGAUGGCACAGAAUCAGGCCCUGCAAACAUUGCUGACCCAGCAGGAUGGAGCCGGACCGUCCUCUUCCUCUCCACCUGCAGGAGCAAUCUCACCGAAACAUGGUGCCGCAACCGGCUCACCGACCUCGGUGCAACACUCGCCUAUUAGGAAAAUGAGCGCUAAAGCUGUUUCUCGCAUGGAUUCCGUCGAUCGACCGGGACAGUCGACAUCGUCAUCGUUUUCGGACAUGUUGCGCAACCGCAAGGACUCGUCCUCAUCCAACCUGAUACCACCGCCACCACCUCCACCGCUUCCGCCGCCGUUGGAGAUGAAGGACCCGUUCGAGGUGCGUCCGUUCCUCGAUCCUUACGGGCGGGCGAAAACCGUGCGUAUCGGGAAAUGGCGUUGGCCACCACCGCAGGGUGUGCCAGUGGGCAGCGAAACGGAGGAAAACUUCAUUCAAUUCAAAAUGACGCGUCAGAGCAAUCGUAAAACGACACCCCAGUCGCAGCACAGCAGCAACAUGGACUCACCGAUCGGAUCGCCGAACGGUGUCGAAUGGGAAGAGUUUGAGAUCGAUCAGAAGCUGCAGGAACAGGCGAAUCGAGAAGGUGGCGAGGGUGCAAAGAGUUCAGGAUCGGGUGGACAGCAGGGUGCCCGCAUAGCGAAGCGUAGUUUCGACAUCGGAGCGGACCGUCCCGCACCGAACAGUGUCGGCAAGCUGAAGCUAAGUAACGAAAUGCGCCAGCGUUUGGAGCAAGUUACAGCCGGACACUCGGUACGUUCCUCCAGUGCCAAAUCUGACCGGCCAGAGCGUACACCAGCCAAGCUGGAAGAUACGCGCCGCAUGAUGUUGGAGCAACAGCUCGGUGGCCUGAAUCCACCGGGCGGCACAAAAUCGCCCAACGCGAUGGGAGGCGAGUCACCCUCCGUGAAGACGCAGGUACAACGCAUGGAAGCGAGCAAAAAGGGUGCUCCGGUUACAGCUUGGCCAACGGUUCUGCCUCCAGCUCCACCGGGUCCAGCUCCUCCCCCACCGAUUAGACCACCGACCUCGACUCCUCCGGCACCGCCACCACCAAUCCACGGUAACAUGAUGGCCGCUCCGAACAACCAUCAGAACCAGUCGGAAAUUCCGUCGUUUGUGCAGCGCCAGGAGCGUGACACGUUCGGCGCCAAGGACAGUUUCAUGGAUUCGUGGGGUCGCGCCGAAGCCGCCAAGCUAGACUUGGUCUAUGAAACAAGCUUCAAGAAAGAGAUGAUCAUCGAACGUGAGCGUUCCCGCUCAAGAUCACGAUCGCGCGAUCGCGAGAACUUCUCCGAGUCUGUCUGGGAUCGGUCGGAAGUUGAAGGCCCAUCGUCCACAUCCAGCGAUCCGCGAGAUCGUGAUCGUGACAAGGAACGAGAGGCGCGCGAACGCAACUACGAGCUCACCCAGCUACAGCGAGAGAAGGAAAGCAACAAGGUUUUCCACCCGUCCUCCUACACCAAGGACAAGCAACACCAGCAACAUCAACAUCAACAUCAACAUCAGCAGCAGCAGCAGCAGCAGCAAUCGCAGUACCAACAGCAGUACCAGCAGCAGCAAAAGCAAUACUCCGCCAACUCACCGGGCUCUGGCAUUGCCACGUUCAAGACGCACAUGGUACAGAAAAGCGUGCAGGAGCGCGAAAGGAAAUCAUCCGCAGCCACGACCAACGGUUCGGUGUACAGCGAGAAGCUGGACGAUGGGGCAAUGGCCGACCCGCCGGCCCCCGUAAUGCCUGUCCAGAUGAAUCCCUCGCUGAAAGCACCGGCAGCGGCCUGCCUGACGUACAAUCGCGUCACCUGGACGUUGCGCGUCCGCAAGGAAGUGUUCCGCCCCAGUGAAACCGUCACCGCACCGGCCGCUCUCGAUCUGCUCUUCAACCAGAUCACCUCGGACGUGUUCGGCGUGACGCCCUGCAUGCGAAUAUCGCCGCAGGAGAAACGACUGGCGGUGAAUCUGCUCAGCAGCCACGGCAUCACCGCCAACGGCCAUACGACAGCGAAGCAACACGUGCGAGCGAUCGUCAAGCGCCACGUGCUCGAUAUGGCUCGCGGAUGGCCACUCUACUUUGCCCGGCUGUUCGUCAUGAAUGGGUCACCAUCGAUUCAGGAGGGCACACUGCUGGCCGUCUCCCAUAUGGGCGUGUAUCUGGCGAACAAGGAGCCGGAGUUUUUGGCGAUCCAGCGCGCCAUCCCGUUCGAUGACAUACAAAGUGUUACCACGCUGCCGCGACCCCUUACGCUGCAGCUGACGCUGAAAACGGGAGCUCGCAUCGUGCUGCACGCUUCCAAGGCGAAUGCGAUCCAGAUUAUGGUACAAUCGUACCUCGCCGAGUACCGACAGACCCAAUCGAAGGGAUCGACCAUAUCGUCCGGAGUGCGGGCAGCGGCAGCCACGCUGAACGUGCCGCUCGAGCGGCUGGAAACUUCCAACGUCAACAGCCCCGGUUCGCCGAACCAGAUGUCGCCGACCGAGAAGGGCCACCAUAUGCACCACAUGGGCCAUCCCGGUGGGCUCCACGGUCACCAUCACCAUCAGCAGCUGCUGGACGAGUUCGAGGACAUGCACAUCGAUCACCAGGGGCUUCAGGAAUCGUCACCGCCACCGAUGGGCGGUUACGGCAACGAGCGUGUUGUGCACGGCGGCAUGGGCAUGAAGCAUGGCGUCAACGGGCAGCAGCAGCAGCAGCAGCCACAGCUCCACUUCCCGUACGGUGAGCGCAGCCCGGGCGAUGGGCCGGGCCGGGGCGGUAGUGGUGGAGCCGGUGGUGGCCCCGGCGGUGCCGGUGGCAUGAUUGUUAACCACAAAAACUCACCCAUGGGUAACGGCAAUGGCAACUACAGCGAUAUGCACAUCGUCGGGCACCACGAGAACGAUUCGUCCCCGACGCAAACAUCGCUGACCAAGCACUCGCUGCUGCAGUUUGCGAUGCAACACUUCCGCACCGAUGACGAGUUCAAAUCGAACCGAUCGGACAAACGGGCGAUGCGGAACCAGCACGCGGAUCUGGUCAAAUGGCAGGGCUAUCCGCUGAGGGCACCGCUGCUGCGACUUCCGGCCGACCUAACACCGCUCGCGCUCGAAUGUUUCGAUUGCGUGCUGCGGUAUUGCGGCGAUCUUGCCGUCGAUCCGGAGCUGUCGGAAGUGAAAUGCGUUUACACGGUGCUGAUGCACUGCCACAAGCAUCUGGCCCUGCGCGACGAGGUGUACUGUCAGCUGAUGAAGCAAACGACGGCGAACCGAUCCGCGUGUCCAGAUUCUGCCCAGCGGGCUUGGCGGCUCCUGAGCAUACUGGCCGCCUAUUUCGGAUGUUCGGACGCACUGCGACCCUACCUGAUCGAGCACCUGACGUCGGCUGCCUCCGAUCGGCGACGUCCGUGCCACGGCACUGCGGCCGUUUGUCUGACGAACCUGCGCAAAACGGCACGCUGCGGUGGGCGCAAGAAUGUGCCGAGCGUCGAGGAAGUUACCGCCGUGUCUGCGGGCAGAUCCGCCCGUCGGCAAAUCUAUCGUCUCCCGGGUGGCGCCGAGCGUAUCGUCAAUACGCGCUGUUCCACCGUGGUCGGUGACGUUAUAGCGGAACUGUGCUCCUUGCUGGGCAUCGAGUCCCCGGCGGAGCAGCAGGAGUUCUCGCUCUACUGUAUCGUCCAGGGAGACGCCUUUACCAUGCCGCUGGCUGCCGACGAGUACAUCCUGGACGUGACGACCGAGCUGCUAAAGUCGGGACAACCGUUCUACCUGAUCUUUUGCCGCUCGGUGUGGCACUUUGCGCUCAAGCGCGAUCCGGCUCCGACGCCCCUCUACAUAGAGGUUCUGUUCAACCAGGUCGCUCCCGACUACCUGGAAGGUUUGCUGCUGGAGCUUCCGAAUGGGGGUGCGCCCAGCCCCGACUACGUGCGCGAUAUGGCGCGCAUCGCCGCCAUUCUGCACCGCGCCGCCGAUCUGAACCACCUGCCGGCCAUGAAGGAGAUCAAGUUUCUGCUCCCGAAACCGGCGCUCUCGUUGCGCGAGCUGCGUCCAGCACAGUGGGUUGCGCUGGUCCAGUCGGCAUGGCCAUCGGUGGCCGGGCUGAGCCCGAUCCAGGUGAAGGCACAGUUCCUGAACGUACUCUCGUCGUGGCCACUGUUCGGUAGCAGCUUCUUCGCGGUGAAGCGCGUCUGGGCGGACGAAAACCCGAUGGAAGAGCCGAGUCCGAUGUGGCGCGAGCUCAUUCUCGCCCUCAACCGACGUGGGGUGCUGUUCCUGGAUCCGAACACGCACGAAACGAUGCAACAUUGGCCAUUCAAUGAGGUGAUUUCAACGCGAAAGGUACGUUCAGAAGAUGGUGCACUGUUUCUCGAUAUGAAGGUGGGCAACCUGCUGCAGCAGCGUGUCAUCCGCGUGCAAACCGAGCAAGCGCACGAAAUCUCACGGCUAGUACGCCAGUACAUCACGAUGGCCCAGGCACAGCAGCGCGAUCGACGGGAAUAGAGAGCGAUCGGGCCAAACGAUGGAGAUAUGGGCCAGAUUUAGGUGCAAAGGAUUAGUUAGUUUUACUGUUUACGACACACAUUACAUUAGGUAGGGAAGAGCGUUAGCGAGCUUAGCAGAGGUGGUUAAGACGAUGAACAUAAAUACUAUAAUUGGUGUGCUUAUUGGGUGGUGAAAUGCAGUCAGACGAACGCUGUUACUUGCGGUAGAAUUCGGGGGAAAAAUGUUGCGUUUCGUAUCGAUAGCACAAAUGCGAACAAAUUGCACACUAUAACACGUAUUUGCAUGCUGUAUUGAUUAUAUUUUUCUACAUUUUGAAAAUAUAUGCAUUUUAUAUAAAUUGA